AUGUCGAGCUCGUCCAUGGAUCCACCCGACGCGCCGAGCGCCGCUCUGAGGCGGCUCUCGCUCCGCGAAGAUCGGGAUGCCACCGUCAUGUCAGACCCUCCCGACAGCGACGGCCAGAUGAGACAGCUGCGAGACCUUGCCACUCAACACCUGGAAAAGGCCACGACAGAAGUGCAGACCCGUAUCAAUAUCCGACGUUUGCUGAUCAAUCUGUCCACCGAUGCUGAACUCCUCGCACUCGCCGAGAAAGGGCUGCGCACCAGCAUACGCGGAUGGGUCGACGGCUGCCUGGGCCUGGACGAGCGUGUGCAUCUGCCCUCCUGGCUGACGGGCCCGCUGAAAUCGGAUGGCCUUCAGCACCUGCUCGACGAUCCCGGGGCGCUUACUAGGAUCAUCGGAUCUGAACCCACCCUCACUUCCGACACGUUGACCGAGGAAGCCACCGUGGCGCUGCUGCACCGAACGCUGAUUGCUGGGGCCUCUCACGCCUCACCCCCGCGUCCGCGCCCUGGUGUCGGCUUGGUGCGGCUCGACUUCGAAGACGAGUUCUAUGGCGAGGCCGACGAUGACCUCUGCUACCACAUUGACACUGUCCUGUCGCUCUACGACGAGAGGCUACACUACGGACGCAUCGUCCCCGUCAUCCAGUCCUCGGGGUCGGGCAAGUCCCGCACAGUCGACCAGGUCCUCAAGCGCCGCCGCCUCGGCAUGCUGCUUUGUUUCCGCAUCACAAAGGGCGACACGGACGCGAUCCCGGCCCGAGACGAAGCUGCGGCAGAUCUACUCGUCUCCGGCGGAAAGCUGCCAUACCCGGUCCGCGACAUAGAUGUCGCCGACCGCCUCGUCGUGCUGGCCUGGUUUGAGGCCUUCGCCCACCACAUGGCAGAGGAGAUCAAGGCUUACUGCAGCGACUUGGACUCCACUUCCGUCCGCAGCGAGACGGUCGUCAGGGACUUUUACGACCACCUGAACAACACCGAGCUGCCGACAAGUCCAAUCAGUGCCGGUUCGCAAGCCUCGUCGGACAACGCACCCCGCCGACAAGGGCUGCUCGCGACAGUGGCCGAACGCUACCACGAAAAUCUGGUAAAGCUUAGACCCGGCAAUACCGAGGGCGCUAACGCCUUCCAAGGGGGUCCCUGCGUGCAGGCAUUCCGAUCGCUGCAAGCCGCCGUGAUCCAGGCUUACUCGAUCGGGGAAGGCCGACCCAACGGAGUUUUCAUCCUGGCGCUCGACGAGGCCGGCACGCUGGGUGAUCUGCUCAGCCACAUCCGGAGGCUGUGGCACGCGAUGGGAGAGUCCCAACACGCCAAUGCCGACCGACUUGUCCUCCUUUUGCUCGACACCAACUCGAGCAUCCACGCUCUCGUCGGCGAAGGAGCCACGCUCCGGUCCACCCGUCUCCACAACAAGGAGCUCUCGCUGCUGCCAAUGUUCAACAAGCUCCCCUUCGACGUUGCGCUGAGCGCACUCGAUCCGCAGGCCCACGAUCCCCACGGCAAGACGUGGUCGGCGCUGUUGGAACAGCUUGCCCUGAUGGGCCGCCCGCUGCUCAACAACAGGCAUUUCUGGCACCACAUGGAUCGCGACCAUGGGUUCACGGGCCUCAAACCGUUUGUCGGCCGCGUCUCGCUCUUCAAAGUCAAGGGAAAGCUGCUGUCCGAGCGCAAACACGUCUGGCUGCCCGAUCUCCAGUCUGACAAGGAGCUUCCUGCGGAGCAGUCGGCAACGUACAUUGACAAGUACAUGGCUGCCCUGUGCCAGCGUCUUCCUCUGCUCUUCAUCGGUGCUCAGGGCAGCGUCGAUCUGAGCGAAUUCCUGCAGCGGCAGAUCAGCUCGCACUUGCGCACCAUCGCUGGCCUCGACCUCGACACGUCGUUCAUCAUCACCGGCACCCCUUCUGAGCCGAUCCUGAGCAUCGCUGCAAGCGACCUGUUCCGGCAGCAGGUCCAGCAGUCUGGCGGUGUCGUCAAGGUCUGGCGCGACGCGCUCUGGGCGAUGCGGCACAGCCGGAUCUCGUACGGCCUGUCUACAGGCGCCGACGGCGAAGAGGUUGCACGGAUACUGCUUGCCAUGGCAACGGACUUUGCCGCCGUGGAACGCAUCCGGCGGACAAGCCUCGCGAAUCCCGGCUCCGAUUCGUUCACGUUGCAGAGCUUGUGGGAGGAGAAAGGCACGUUGGAUCCUCUGCCGGUCUGGGACUGGCUCGCCGAGCUCUUUGGCGACCCACGUGCGAUUCCCGACGUGAGCGGGGCACAAGGCGGAUAUCGAGGGUCCCUGGCGAGCGGCGAGCGGGCGGCAUCGGGCUUUGAGUCGUUCGCGCGGUCAGCACGGAUCUCGUUUACGCACUUCGUCAAGAUGCCACAUACGUUCGACAAGGUUUCGAAAAAGCAGCUGGCCGAAUGGUUCGUCGAGCACGUCGCCAUCUGCGGCGCCGACACCCAGCCGAGCUGGGACCUGCUGAUCCCCAUCUACGUCGACGAGGGAUGGAAGGGGGACGCCACGGUCUUCGAUGUCUCCAAAAUGUCAUAUAUCGUCGUUCAGGUCAGAAAUCGUCGGAACGCAGUGGGGCAGGGUCAGACAUUCAUCGUGCCGCCCGCGGUGUAUCACCGCGGCCCCAACAGCGACGACAGUGGCAAGACGGAGGAUGGCCACCACCUCGUCUCGGACUUGGAGUACAUCUCGCUCUUCAUCCAGCUCAAAGCGAAACCACCGGAGGACGCCGCGCCCGUCCGCUACACUCUCAAGGGCCGCGCGCCUGUCCGGGCCCACGAUGUGCAAGCCAUUAGCCUCGACGGCGGCUUUGCCACGAUCCUCUCCAAACUGGGCGACCAGGGCGCAGCCGACCUGCGCGCGCUCCUCGGCGUCUUCAAGGACACCAACGUCUUUGAGAGCGCCCUCGACUGGCAAGCGCGUCGCAGGUCGCUCUGCGACGCCCAGCUGUCCCUCUACGCGCGCUCCCGGCAAAGAUCCGGAGACGAGCACUACCCCAUCCUCUGA